AUACUCCCAAGACUUCUGUGCUAGUCUACGAAAUACACCCAGCUCCCAGGGGGGAAAAAAAUCGCGAAAGAAUCACCUAUGAUAGGUAAACGCGGGUUAUUUUGUUUAUUUAAGCAUUCGAACGAAGGGUUUGCUCAUUCAUAUAGAUAAUCUAAUCUAAACAUCUGUGAGAGAAGUCGAGUUUUUUUAACACGAUACUGCAGCAUGACAACUUUCAUGAAUCUGUUCUUUGAACCGAUCUACUCGCUAACGCACUAAUACAAGCGCACGUUCACAGACACUCGACUCAAAUGUCGAAACUAACCAAUCUUAAAAUCAUUUUAAUGGUCAACGAGUAAAAAGUACAUCUUCUCUGGACAUGCGUACGUUUAAAAUCGCAAAAGCUAAAUUUUUCAAAUCGUUUAACCGGUGUUUUGUGCGCGUUGUGUGUUUGUGUUUUUCGUGCUAUUUCGAAUGCUGCUGCUGUGGUAACACUUCGUAGUCUUAAUUCGCAAUUUCCCUCGUGUUUUUUUUCUCUCUCGUAAAAUUUUUACCCGAAAAAGAAAUACCUAUAGGUACGUCGCGAUGUACGAAAAUUUGUAUAAAAUUUGGUGGUCGAUUGUCUUAACGGUGGUGUUCGUGGCCGGCUCGGACCUGGAGACGAUACCGGACUGCGUGAAUUGCAAAAAUGAUAAAUCGGAGCUGGGUGAAUAUUUAAAAUCUCAAAAAAUCGCUCACCGUUUAGAGUUCAUUAAACAGCAGCUGAUUAAUAAUCUGCAUGUGAAGAGUACGCCUCAAGAAACGCCCAAGUUCGACUCGCUUCCGGACUUCCUGGUUCAGAAACUGGUUUACGACGAUGCUACCAAUAGACCCAAUGAUAAUGUCGUCGAUGGAACCGGCGAUGAUCAGAAUAAUCGACAAAUGGUGCUUUUUGUAGAACAAGAAAAUGUGACUUGCAUUUCGAAUAACAAACGAGGAAUUUGUUUAAAUUUCAAACUCUCGGAUGAAAUACUAUCGACCGAUCUGUCCUCGGCUACCAUUUGGUUCCAUCAAAGAUCUCUACCAAUCAACAACAGUGGAAUGCAUAACUUUACCAUCGUUGAUAAAACAGCGUUAUUGCCGAAGAAUCGUAACCCCAAAAAUAUUACAAUGAAAUAUGUAGCAGAUAAAGAUGGCUGGUAUCAAAUCGAUGUUACCUCGUUGGUCAAAUCAUGGCUGCCGAAUAAUAAUAACAAAAAGGAGUACAAACAUCCCGUUUUGAUGGUCUCGUGCGACUCCUGUAUCGGAACCGAGUACGCUACCAAUGUGACUUGGCAGAGCGCCAAUAAAACGUCGUUUUUACUCCUGAAUACGGAAAGUGAAGAGAGCGCCAGAUUGAAACGAGGCGUCGAAUGUACUCCUGGUAAAGAAGAAUGCUGCAGAGAAGAUUUAUGGGUAGACUUCAGCUCAUUAGGAGACGAUUACAGAAUGAUCCUCAGUCCUCCGAAAUUUAACGCCUACGUAUGCAGAGGAACUUGUGUUCUGCCAGGAUAUGAAACCGUUCAAAGACCUUACGCGGAACUUUUAUCGGUGGUUAAAGCGAGAAGAGCGCACGAAUUUCCUCUACCUUCGACCUGCUGCACGCCUACAAGAUUCUCAAAUUUGAACGUACUAUUUGCCAGCGAUAGUUUAACCAUUCAGAGAAGCAGUAUACCAAACAUGGUGGUGGAAACUUGCGGCUGUGUUUGAAGACUUCACAAACGGGACUAUUUUUUGGACAAAAGUUCGUUUUUUUGUGACUGAAAACGCAGCAUUAUUAAAGAGGACAGAGGGACAAUGCCGAGAGACGAGGAAAAUGAAUGGCAGAAGAGAAUGAAGAAAGUCUGUAAAGACGCGGAGAUGAUGACUCAGCCAUAUUGGAAUUUGAUGACUGAUGAGUAUGGAUAGAUGGAUGAUUUUUAACUAAGGUAUUUAAUGUUUAAGCUUAUGAGCUUAUGCCAUAUUACUCGUUAUGAUGUACUUUCCCAUGUGUACUUGUAAAGUAUGGUAGGUAUAAACACACAGCAGCGCAUUUUGGAAUCAUUUCCCAGGGGAAAGGAAGGGAGGCGAGUUUACCAAAACGAGGGAAUAAAAUCAGACCUUUUUGAAGAAGAAAAAUUGUGAAUUUAUUCGCGUCUUUAAUUUUUAAAAAAAAGAGGGGAAAAAUCAAUUUGCAUUUAUUAGACUGAAUUAUUAAGCAUGACUCAUCUUUAUGUAGAUGUUUGUAAAAUGUUGAUGUUUCAAAGAGAGGUCAAAAGUACAUGUAUGUUUGUAUUACAUACGUACUCGUAUGUAGGUAUCUACUAUCUAAUAUACUAUGUAGCUUGUUGACACUUCUCAUAAAAUGGGCAUAAUAAGGUAUGGAAUCAAGGGUGGCUACAGAAACACUCCCAAUAGUGGCCACUUUGAUCUUUGACUCUGAAUUAAUGUGUUAAAAAUGAUAUUUUCUAAAAAGCAGGACAACAUAAUACAUAGAAAAGCAGACCACAUGAAAAACUACAAAAACAAAACUUUCAGUGCCCAGAACAUUUCGACAAAUAUUUUAAAUUUAUUAAAGGUGGCAGAGGGGGGAGGGGGGUCAACAUAGAGGUGAAAAAUGAAAGAAAAUGGAGUUGAAAAAAAUUAUAAAAGAAGUAAAAAAUUUCCAAAUUUGAUUUAGAAAGUUGAAAACAAAAUUUCGUAGUAACUUCCGCAAAAAUAAACAGGAAUUUAAAAACGAUUUCAACUUUUGAAGGGGGG